GAGUUGCUGGAGAGUGACUACAACCGUCGUAAAUACGUGAUGUGUAAAGACGAAGCCGGCGUCGGGUUGCUGCACAAAGCCGUAUAUUACGACUAUAUGGACAUCGCCGAGUAUCUCGUUAAGAAUUACCCUCAGUUGGUGCAUCAGAAGGAUUCUGAGGGCCGCACUCCACUGCACUACUCGUCACUAAGCCGCGACAGUGCGUCUCUGGCCGCGCUCCUAGAGACCGCGGGCGCGGCGCGGGGGGCUCGCGACGCGUCCGGCCGAACACCCGCACAUUACCGCGGACACGCGCGAGAGCUGCUCGCGUUACCUGACGCCAUGGCGCGCGAUAAUAAGAACGCAGGUCUGGUGAUAAAACGCCACAACAUUCGGAUAUGGUGCCACGACUGCGACAUGGCGAAGCUGCAGCGCGUCGUGUGGGAAGGACACGGCUCCCGGCUGUUAAGCGAAGUGUCCAACCAGCCCGUUGUCAAGCGGUUCUUGGAGGCUGUGCCUUAUAUUAUGAACACCAUUCGAGACAUCCACACAGCCGUGGUGCAGAAUGAUCUAGAGGGUCUGAUGAAGCACGCGGGCGACCCCGUGCCGCCGCUCGCUCUCUCCAGCAGGGAUGCUAACAACAUGACUGUUAUGCAUAAGGCUGCAGGUUUGGGUCACGGUGGCAUCCUCAAGUACAUCGCUGAAAGGUACCCACAAGGUAUUAACGAUGUCGACAACGAUGGUCGUACACCAUUGCACUAUGCUGCUGCCAUGAGAGACGAUCAACACACGUACAAUACUCUAGUCAGUCUCGGAGCUGAUGAGAGUGUCGUUGACAACAAAAAUAAAACUCCAGCUUACUACAUUAAUAGGCCCCAAGAAAUAGAUAAAAAUAUGUUCAAAACACUACCCGAUGCACCCCGAACUCCUUCAAGUGCUUACCCAAAUUCUUGGGAUUGGAAGCUAUUGGACACUGAAGUCAUAGCCGAACUAAAUAAAAAAUCACGAAGGAGGAACCAUAAGGCAUCGAAUGAAAAUAUUUCAUCUAAAGACACAAAUACGUUCACUGCGUCUGAGGGCACAGAUAAUCGUAUUGGUGGUAUGAAGGGCAGUAGUACGCAUGAACUCAUUAAUAAUUUGCCUGAACUAGAUGAUGCAAAACCAACAAAAGACGAUGAUAAUCACAUUGCAAAUGUAGAAAGUAACCAGGAAUCAGAAGAUAUUGAAGAAAAUCAAGAACAAGAACAACAUGAAGAUACUGAUGCAAAAGAUGAGGAAGCUGUUGAAGACCACGAAGAAAAGACCAACGAGGAAGAUGCAGGAGACACAGAGGAACAUGUAGAAACUGAAGAUAAUCCGGAGCACAGUCCGGAAAAUGCAACUGAUCAUGGCAAAGAAGUGGCCACACAUGAAGAGGAAACUACUGGUCAUGAAGAAGAAAAUGCAGAAGAGACUCACGAUGAAGCAAAUAACGAUGCAGCUAGUCCUGAAGAAGCUAAUGAAAAAGCGGCUAACUCUGAAGAAGAAAAUGACGAAAAAGAUGAUGCUGAAGAACAUCAUGAGGAAAUAGGUGAUAAUGAUCAUCAACAGUCUCAUGAGCAUGAAGAGUCUCAUGAUCAUCAAGAACAUUCAACAACAGAAAAUAAUGAAAGUUCCGAACAUCCACAUGAUGAGAAACAAGACGAAAACGAAGAAAUCGAAUCACAUACUGCUCAACAUGAGAACGAGCAUCAUGAUGAAGAAUCUGGGGAAACACUUCCUCACCACACAAAUGAGAAUGAAAAUGAAAACAAUCAUGAAAAUGAUAGCAAUGAAGGUGAAGAGGAUUUUCGUGCUGCUUCACACGAAGGUAAUGCUAAUGGUGAACACAGUGAAGAUGAUGAUGACGUUCAAGUACAAGGAGAGACACAGUCUGAAUAUAGUGAUUCGAAUCUUAAGAGCACGGCAGAACUAUCUGACUCGGGAAGUGCCAAGAGAGGAAACGUGACCAACGGCCGAAGUACACAGGAAAGUCUCAUAGAAGGUGUUGUGAAUGGUGAAGCCGAACAGGAUUCACAGGAUGCAAGUAUGACGCAAAGAGAAGGCUCAGUGCACGGGGAAGUUCUCGUAGUUGAUAAUGAAAUAGACCCAGAAGUAACAGAUUUAAUUAACAAUGCGAACAUGGAAAUGUUAGCUACAUUAGUUUUAAAUGGCGAAGGAUCAAGGCUUAUAGGGAGAAACUCAAGGAAUUCAGAACUUCAAGCUUUUCUUGAUAACGUACCAACUUACAUGCAAAAAAUAAACAAAGUGCAUGUAGCAGCAAGAGAAGGCAACAUACGAGAUCUCCAAGCGGCACUAGACCGGCGGAAAUUUGCCAUCGCGCGAGAUGCAAUAUCACCUAAUGGAGCAACUCCAUUACACGUGGCGACUAUAUUUGGUAAAACUAACAUCAUCAAGUAUUUAGGUGGAAGAUUUCCUGAAACUCUGUCAGCAGUAGAUUUUGAAGGAAGAACAGCUUUACAUUACGCAGCCGUACUCCCUGAUAAUGGUCAUUAUUAUAAUCUACUUCAACAACUUGGUGCUAACUCCAAAGAUUUAGAUGAUAAUGGAAAGUCAGCUGAAGAGUAUCAGAAAAAUCCAAAUUUACUGCCAUUUGAUCAACUGUUAUCAGAUUACGGUAUAAGUGAAGAUGCAGCACAAAGUAUGUUCUCCGACAAAGUGCCUGAGGAUCAAGUAUCGUCUCGACGGGUUUUGGAUGCACCUGAAGCUUUGGAUACCUUGGAAAGAUGUUAUGAACUGUUAGCGUCUGCCAGACCAGUCCGAACGCCAUUAUCAGCAUCUUCCAAUAGAGCCACGCCACCACUAGUACUAGCACGAUUCCUGAAAAAGCCAAUUUUCGAUGUAAUAAAAUACAGAGUUACCAAAUUAGACCAUGACCUCUUCGACGUCAUCUGGCCUGCUGUUAAAAAACUACCAGACAAUAGAAACAUUCUUCAAACUGUCGAGGAAGACUUCCCUGGAGGAGUCACUGCCCCAGAUUACUAUGUGUAUGACGUAUUUAAUGAGUUUCUAGUGCCACUUGUGAAAGAUCUUCAUAAUAUAAAUGUGAAUUCCGAUUUGCCAACACAUCCGAGAUCAGAUUUCGUAACCACUUCGUCUGCAAAGCUGUCAUCUGAACCCCUUGUAGAAUUAAAUAUUGAUCCAAAUGACGAAUUUGUGCUUUCUGGAGUCAUUGAAUGUUCACGUAAUUUGGAAGGUUUCGAGUUACCUUUGAAUUUAAAAGUAGGAAAGUUGGAAACAAUAGAACGAAUUGUAACAACACUUUUGAUGAAGGAAGAUUUUUCAAAAUUCAGUGAACCCAAUCCCGAGUCUGAUCAAAAGGGUGGGACAUAUUACACAAUGAAUGAAGUUCUGGAGAAACCAUCUGAAAUAUGCGCAGCCUUAGCGUCAAGUGGUCUUCUAAUAGCUCUUUGCGAUAGAGACGAGAUUGAUGACUGGGCAAGAUUGCAUGGAAAGCAUUGGCCAUAUGGCCGUGGUGUAUUCGUCACUGAUGACAGAAAUGUAGCUGUUUGGAUAAAUGUUCACGAUCAUAUACGAGUACUUGUAUCUUCUGCACAAGACUCUCCUGGGGAAAUCGGCCUUGCUUUCAGUAAAAUAUCUUACAUCAUGAGUUAUCUUCACGAAAAGCUCGAUUUUACAUGGGAUGCAAAGCUGGGAUAUCUGUCUGCGAGACCUACAUUUUUAGGUGCUGGCAUUCGUUUAAGCCUUAUUGUUAAUUUCCCUGGUUUGUCAAAGGAUGCAGAUAACAUGAAACAUCUAUGUGCCAUGAGAGGAUUGCAGUAUCGGGAAACUUUAAGCACUGAUAUCGCUAGAAUCAGCAACUACCAGUGUUUAAGUAUAACAGAAACCAACUGUUUUAACGAUUUUGCAACAGCUGCUUCCAACUUACUUCACCUGGAGAAGGAUUUAUCGAUGCAAAAUUCAGCACAUAUUGCAACGAUGUUAACUAACAUUUUCCGCAAAAAAAGAAGUAGCAUAACUGGUCAUGAGAGCCCACAGAAGAGGGAAAAAAUUUAGACGUUAAACUCAUAG